AAAGCAUGGCUGCCUUGCUGCGGUCAUCCUGUCGAAUAGGGACCUGCAUGGAGAUCGUGGCACGUGUGUUGUCUACAGUACAUCUGAAAGAGAGAUGCAGAUGCUGUCCAGUAUCACGUGGACGACAAAUGUCAUUCACACCGGAACGAACCGGUGUUCACAGAAAUUUACAGAUUAAAUCCACUAAACAACAUAAAUAUGAUCUUGAACAUAAAAAGCGGUCUCCUAGGAGGCUUGAGGCUGAAUGUCCAGAGAUAUUAAUCGAGAACUUGGUUACCAACCUGAAGAAAAAUCUGAAUCAACAGUUAUGGAAUGUAUCUUAUGAAAGUGUUCUGGCCAUAGUCAUAGACUUAAAAAACAAAGUGGUAGAGGAUAACAGGACAUUCAAAUUAUCUGCAAAAUCAGGGAAGGAACUCCUAGACAUGAUUACCACCACCAUGUAUCUUUCUACUGAAGAGAAGAGCACUCUGACAGGUCUCAUUUGGCAGAUUAUCAACUCAAUACCUGAUUUUGAGUUUGCUGAAUCACAUUUCACAUCUUAUGUGAUGGCGUGUUCCGAAAGCAACAUCCAGAUCAGUAUUUCAGAUUUACGUCAAAAGAUGGCAGACUCCAGUUUAAAGUCAGGUGAGGAAUUUCUAAAGGCUGUACUUUGUUACCAUUGCUCCAACGGAGAAUUAAACGCAGGAUGUCAAAUUCUUCAGGAAAUGAAGGAUGCUGGUAUGACUAUCAACGGCCAGUGUUUCAAGUAUUUGGUAACAGCAUAUACAAAGACAGGAUCAGUUUCUGCUGAAGACAUGUUAAGUAUUAUGAGGUAUUUAUAA